AUGUCGGACGCUCACGCCACUCCGAUGGCCUGGCAGUACGUUUGUUGUUCACUGCCAAUCUUAAUACCGAUGUCAGUUUACGUGCUUAAGAAGUGUUUCAACAACAGAUAUCGCACACUCAACUCAAAGGUUGUUCUUAUUACAGGUGCCAGUUCUGGAUUAGGUGAAACAUUAGCGCAUGAGUUUUAUUCCCAUGGCUGUGCACUAAUUUUAACGGGACGUAGCAGCAACGAAUUGGAAAGAGUCAAAAAUGAUUUAUUAAGCCGAAGUGAUAUUAAGAAUGUUAACAAACCAUGUAUUCUCGUCUUGGAUCUUAUUGACCAAUCAACAAUAGAAGUAGUUAGUCAAAAAGUUUUAGGAGUUUUUGGCCGUGUAGAUAUUCUCAUCAACAAUGCUGGCAUCAGCUAUAGAGGUAGAGCCGAAGCAACAAUGGCCGAAGUAGAUUAUAAAGUAAUGUUAGUCAACUAUUUUGGCCAAGUCGCUUUAACUAAAGCCAUAUUACCUAGCAUGAUUCACCACAAAAGUGGACAUAUAAUAGCAAUUAGUAGUGUUCAAGGAAAAAUUGCUGUUCCAUUUAGAUCAGCUUAUACCGCAUCUAAACAUGCAUUACAAGCAUUUUUUGAUACUCUCAGAGCUGAAAUAUCACAUCAUAAGGUAAAAGUAACCGUGGUAAGCCCGGGGUACAUCCAAACAAAUUUGUCGUUGAAUGCAUUAACUGGAUCUGGAUCAAAAUAUGGUGUUAUGGAUGAAUCUACAAUGUCUGGAUACUCAGCUGAAUAUGUUGCUCAACGAAUAGUGGAUGCUGUAGUUAAUGAUGAACAAGAGGUCAUCAUUGCACCAUUUUAUGCUCGUUUAGCAAUUGGCCUACGUUAUGUAUGGCCACGAUUUUAUUUUUGGAUUAUGAAAUGUAGGGCUGACCGACAAGCUAGUCAGAAAAUGUAGGAUUCAAGGAUUCCCCGCCAUCAGACGGACGAGCGUCGGCUACAGCCCGUUAUCGUCGGCAUACGGGAAUCUCACAUUUGACAAACAGCCAGGUCAGUCAACUAGAUUUCUAGAAAUUAGCUGUUAAUUGUUAUUUUUUGAGUACUUAUAAUUUUGUAUUUUUGAAUAUAAAUACCUAGUUGUUAGUGAUGCACAGUUUUACAUAAAUUAUUUAUUUAAUUUGUGUAUUUUACAUUUUAUACAAUGUUUACUUAUUAACAACAUAAUGCCAUUAUGAUAUUAUUUAGAUAAGUAUAAUUGUACAGAACUGCCCUAAAAGAAACAAAUUAAUACUAAACUUUGUAAAUGAUUUAGUUUGAUCAAUAUUAAUGUAACAACUAACAUGUAUUUCAUAAAUACUUACAUAAAUCUAAUUCUACUUUGAAUUACCAGAAAAUAAAAUAGUUGUUAUUAUUUAAAAAAGUCAAGCUUGAAGUAAUAAUUAAUGAAACUAAAAUUAUUUUAUUUUCCAUGCUAUUGCAUGUGAUUAUGUAUGUGUUUCAUAAUAAUUUAUCUUUAAAAGGAAAACUAAAUAACUAAAUAUUACAAAUGAAUGUCAAUUUUCAUUAAUUUAAAAAUCGUAAGUCCACAUUCGAAA